AUGCUCCUGCCGCUAGUAUAUAUUUUCACCCAUGCCCAGGCACAAUGGAAUCUGGGAACGCCUGUUACGAGCUGGAACAUUUGCGGCCAUGAAGACUGGGAGCCAGUGGGGCAUACAACGCCGCAGCAAGGUUGCUGGUUGCUGACCUUUCUCUCUUCAUUUCACUUUUAA